AUGGCUGAUUCCGAAGAAAAUAAUGCAUUAUUUCCUAUUUUUAUUUUGUCGAUGAUUGCCUUGCCUUUAGUGCCUUAUACAAUUCUGAAGUUAUUCCGUGUAGCCUCUAAGAAAACAAAAUGCAUCAACUGCGAGUGUUCUGAUUGCUCCAGAUCAGAGAAAUACCGUAAAUCAGUUUUCAAACGGAAUACGAGUGUCUCAACAUGUGGAAACUUGACUCUUGUGCUGCUAUGGAUUAUUAUGGCUAUUCUUGUUUAUUACAUAAAGCACAUGAAUAGUGAGAUUCAAGUUUUUGAGCCGUUCAACAUCCUUGGAUUAGAACCUGGAGCUUCAGAUUCCAAAAUUAAGAAGGCAUACAGGAGACUUUCUAUACAAUACCAUCCUGAUAAGAAUCCAGACCCAAUCUAA